GCGACUGUUGCCUGUUGUUCUCUGUUCUCCUGCAGCUGGAGACUCUGGGAUGCAUCAGGAGAAUAAACGAUCUGUUCAGAAGACACAGGCUGAAAGUGACUGAGGACGAUCGGCACAGAAACAAACCAGAGUGGAGCAGACCGACACCAUGGAGGAGGCUGCAUGGUGGUUUCCUCAGGCCUCUCAGGGAGCUCUGAAGUAGGAUGCAUGUGUGUGUCUCCAUCUGGACGCUCCCACAGAUGAAGUCCUACCUCUGCUGCCUCGUCCUGUCCAGCCUGGCCGUCUCAUCCCAACUGGGUUUGGAGGAUGUUUUCUUCAGUCCCCAGGACCAAACAGUCAGAGAAGGAGACGCUGUUUUCUUCAGGUGUGUGUCCGGGGAAAGUUCACCUCCUGCCGGCGUCACCUGGCUCAAAGACGGGAAGGUGGUCAACAGAGGAAGACAGAUUCAGGGUGAGUAUGGUGGUGGUCACCAGAAGAAAACCUCCGGCACGCUGCAUCUUUACAACGUAACAUUAGAGGACGAUGGGACGUACGUUUGUGUCACACACAAUCCUUCACUGAACAUCAGCAACAACAGCAAAGCAGCAAAACUAACUGUGCAAGGGGUUCCCAGACGGCUGCAGAUCGUCCAGGGCCCUGACAACAUCACCGUCGCCAUGGGAACCGAGAUCUCCAUGCACUGUGCUGUUCACGGCUUCCCUGUUCCCAUGGUGCACUGGUUCAAAAACGGCUGCCACCUGACAAACUGCUCGGCCUCGUUCAGCCUGCACAACAAUGGACAGCUGCUCACAUUCAGGAAUGUGACCCAGGAGGAUGAGGGCUCAUAUCACUGUGAAGUAUCCAACCAGAAAGAGACGAUCAAGUCCCAACCGGCCUUUCUUCUUCCUGCUGAGAUGGACUGGAGUUUUGAGCAGCAGCCUGUGAACCAGACGGUGACGAGGGGGGAGAACGUCACAGUGACCUGCAGACCUCCACACAGCCGACCUGCAGCUCAGGUGUCCUGGUUCAAAAACAACCAGCUCCUCACCCCCACAGCUCCUGAUGCUGUGCUGCCAAGUGGAGACCUCUUCUUUCACAGUAUUCAGGAGAUUGACAGUGGGAGUUACUUCUGCAGAGCCUCCAACAUCCACCUGCACAGAUUCCUCACCUCCAGGCGAGCCACGCUAACCGUGCUGGCCCCUCCCUCAGUGACACUGUGGCCCCAGCUGCUGACGGUGCCUAUGGGUGCCCGGGUGCUGCUGGAGUGUCAGGUGUCAGGUCACCCGUUACCCACCAUCAGCUGGAUCAAGAGAGGCCACUCCAAGCAGACGGGAGGCAAGGUGGCUUUAGGACUGAAAAACGCCACCCUCCACAUCCCCUCAGCCCGGAGCUACGACGAGGGCGUGUACGUGUGCGAGGCCUCAAACCCACUGGGCCACAGCCGCAGCACAGCAACGCUGAGAGUUGCUGUGAGCCCCGUCAUUGUGAACUUUGCAGGUCAGCUGAGCUGCAGGGUCGGGACGUCCGUGGUCCUCCCCUGCAGGGCUGUGGGGAUUCUCCCCAUCAUGUACACGUGGACCAGAGGCCGAGCAGAGACACAGUCGCCCAUCAGUCCCUCUGAGGACACACACAUUGAUGAAGAUGGAGCUCUGCAUAUUUCAAAUGUGCAGUGGCCUGAUGGAGGCGAAUAUUACUGCGCCGCUGAGAACCGAGCAGGACGACAACAGAGACGGACCAUCCUCACUGUCACAGAUGAAGAUCCUCCAGCUGAUAGAGGCCAACAGACACCACUGGUUUUAUCUGAUAGCAUCAGCACGAACAAAGAGCUGCCGGUUCACAGUGACUCUCUGACAAAACAUCAUCAGACCACACGUAAUCCAUAUGUAGAGGAGACACCGCAUGAGGAAACCACAUGCUCCUCGUCGAUCUGUGAGACUACAACAAAUGCAGCGACCACAUUUUCUCCACUUUCAAGCGGAGCGGUGGCCGAACUAACAAUGUCACGGGGAUCACAUCUUUCACCACAGCACCUGAUUCAGCCAACAACCAAUCCAACCCAGCUGUUAGCCACACAGAUGCAGCAUCCUGUUUUGACACCUCCUCCACAUCCCCACUUUCAGUCAGUCGACCACCCCACACCAACAGUGACUGAUGCACCAGUAACACACAACCAGUCAUUGUUAGUCGCCAGAAGCCACCAGAAAGUAGAAGUUUUGAGUUCAACGCUUCAGUAUCAACUCACUGAAAGUCAAGUCCAAUUGGCUUCAUCACGUACAAACUUUCCUCAUCAAGUCAUUGACGAAUUAUUGACAUCACCUGAUUCUCCGGGCUCUAAUAUCCAUGCUGGGUCUGUAGCCAGUCAAACCACAGAGCCUGUCGCUGAAACGUCCCCGACUCAACCACCGUCAAAGCUUCCAGUGAGUGGACCACUGGGCUUCCUCAAGUUUGAUUCCUAUCUGCAGACUCCAGCACUGAAUCCUGCAACCCAAACUAUCUCAGGUUCAGUCAUCCAAUCAUCUCACAGUCAGUCUCAUCGGAUGGUUACAGAAAGUCCAUUUUACCAAUCCGACCAGGAGCCAACCACAACCCUGAUAUCUCAAACCAAACUGGAACCCCCAAGUCACCUUCUACAUCCACAGUCCUCACCAGCCCCCUCACAAACACCUCACACUCAUCCUCUGCAAUUCUUUCGUUUUUUACCCAAGUUCCAUCUUGAGCUGCUAACAACCGAACCUCAUCUGCUUUCCACACAACCUCCACCUUCUUCGAUCACCACACCUCAGACAGACCAGGUUCAAUCUUCAACCACUGAACCAUAUCCAACCAUUUCUACACUUCCUCAAACCCAACAUCCACCAUCUCCAACACAACAUCCACAUCCCUCAAUCUCAACCAUUCACCCUCAUGGUCAGACCUCGGAUCCUUCACCUCUGGACCCUGAGAUUCCCAUUGUCCCUCAGUUAAACAUAUCCGAUCAGGCACAACCUAAUGUUACUCAGCAAGGUGACCCAACUAAAUCAGUGAACAACACCAAGCUUACAGAGUGGCUGAAGAGGAACACCUCUCAAUCCCCCAUGACCAGUAAUGACGCCAGAGUGACGCAGCAGUCUCCCUCAUGGCUGCCCCUGGUGGAGAAACAUGACAUCCCCAUUGUUGUGGGAGUGGGGGUAUCUUUGGCCUUCAUCUUCAUCACUGUAACCUUCUAUGCAGUGGUCCAGAAGAAUGAAGCUGCACCGAUAAACCGAGCAGGUCAGACACUCUUAGCUGCUCCCUGCAUCAAAGCUCAGAGGAAUGUGGGAGUUCCCGAACGAACCACUGAACGUCGGGCUGCAGGUCGUACAUAUGAAAACAGAGCUUUUGAAGAUGACGACUGUGUGGCAGUGAUCGAACAGAGCCCCAACACGUCAGACACCCGAGCCCGACCUCCAGGACCCAGCCUGGUCACGGUGCAGAUGGAGCCCACGUUUAAGGAUCUUCAGGAGGACACGCAAGCCGCUCUGGACAACCACUCAGUCACCGUGGAGACUUAUCCUGAACCCAUUCUCGACACAAAGAUUGAUCCGGAGGAAGAGAAGCGCUACAGUCUGUCCCAGCCCAGCAUCCAGCUGCAGAGCUCUGAGGACUGGACCAGUAACAGAGGAGACGACCUCGGCCUGUGCCAUGAUGCCUUGCCUCCUCCGUCCUCCUUACCUUCCCGUUCCCCUUCCCCCUCUCCACCAUGCAGACGUGAGGAGGGCCUGCGCUCCUCAGUGACCCUGCAGAGUGCCGAGCGAUGUGUGGCACCGAUCCACCACAGCCUCAGCGUCUCUCAUGGAAACCCUCCCCUGCUCCUGUCCCACCACGUCUCCUUGGGCCUCACUACGGUCGCUGUCGAUGUACAUUUUUACCCAGCGGCCACUGCUUCGACGGCAGGAGGCUCUAGUUCUCAUAUCAGUACAGUGUCCACGUCCACUUCAGUGACUGCACCGCUCUUCAGUCCUCCAUUAGUAAACAGCCGGGAGAGCAACCAAUCGACUGCCAGAUCUCAUAAGUAGUUACAGAAUAAGACAUCAAGUCUGAAACAUCCUCAAAUGACCGAACAUUUACAACUGUAGCUAUACUCCAAUGCCUGUGAUGAGAAUUAGUUUGAUACGAGAUACUGUAUUUAGAGUAUUUUUAUUUACAUGUUUCUGAGUAAAAUGAUUGUGUGUGUGUGAUGUGUGAUUCACAUGUUUACGAAUUGUUGAGUGUUCGCGUUCAUCGGACAAUUUAAGAAGUCAGUCGUCUUGUUGCCGCUUCUCACCCACAACUAGAGAUUUCAACUUUCUUAAUCAACAAACAACCACCUAACAAAACAGAAAGACAUGAACCAUCUUUUCAAUCUGUUGAAUUAUUCCUUUAAAAAGCACAUUUUGAUAUUAGCAUCCUCAUCUUUUUGUUGAUGUGUAUUUCACAGCUUUAGCACGGCACUUUUUAAAUAUUACUGGUUACAUUAAUUCACGUCAACUACAGCUUUACCAUAAAUCGUCCUUCUUUCUAUUGUUUUAAGUCUUUAUUUUCUUAAUGAACGUGAAAGAGAAAAUGUGCAUGUGUAGCCUGUUGUCGUAUUGAUUUUAUUUAUAAUAUAUGUAGGAGACACUUCAUAUGAUGUAACUGGUUAUUUCAAGUAAACGUGUUGUACAGUAGAGACCAUUGAAGUAAAGCAGCCAAGGAUACAUCACUCUGCAAUAUUUGUGAAACAGCUUGUUUCAGUGACUCUCACUCGUUCUCUUUAAAGCUAAUUGACUGUUAAACCUUCUUUUUUUUUUACAAACCAAAGGAGGGUCGAAGGGGCUGAAUCAAUAAACACAUAGAUAACACAACCAAA